AUGAGAGAUGCUCAGAGAAUUUUAAAGGAAUUACGUCAACAAAAGAAAGAUAAUUCCGAUGAGAUUUGGCUUGAAUCAGAGGAAGAAGAUAUUCGCCAUUGGUAUGGUAUGAUAAAAGCACCAGAAGAUACUGCUUUUGCUGGCCAUUAUUUCAAACUUGACAUUGUCUUGAAAGAUGGUUAUCCAAUUGAGCCCCCACAAGCAAAGUUCAUUACAAAAAUAUUCCAUCCAAACAUAUCUUUUAAAGAUGGAACAAUUUGCUUAGAUAUUCUGAAGACUGAAUGGACCCCUGCCUGGACAAUUAAUUCGCUUUGUACAGCUAUUCGUCUUUUGCUUAGCCAUCCGGAGCCUGAUAGCCCUUUAAAUACUUUAGCAGGAAAUUUGCUAAGAUAUAACGACCAAAUAGGCUACGAUUCAAUGGCAAAGUUUUACGCAGAUACAUACGCCCCAAUUAAGAAUACUAUGAAAGAAGCCGCCAAUAAUGAAUAA